CUCUGCCCGCUCUGCCCCUCCUGGGCCGUGUGGGCCGGGCAGCCAUUUUGGGAAGAGCUUUGUUAUGGUUGUAGACUACCUACCUCUGCGGGAUCUGGAAGCUGAGGACGCUCCCCCAGACUCGGCAUCUGGUCCUUAACUGUAUCCCGCUGCUGCCCGCUCUAGAUUACUAUGGCCCUUUAAAUGAUUGAAUAAUGAUGGAAAUGGAUCUGAAAUUAUAAGUGUCUUCUCUGCUGAAGUAGAAGAUUCUUCAUAUCAUCUUCCAGUUACUCCAUUCACUCUUCAGAAAGGUGCAAGACCAAGUGAAAUACAGAAGACUGAAGGGAAGAAAGCUUAACUUUGGAGCUGUAGUUCUUUUUUGACUAUUUCAAUAACCCUUCCUUUCUACUGGUUUAAAUUUUGCUCUAAAUUUAGAGUGAAGACCAAAGAAAUAGAAGAUAUAUUUAGGAACUUUAUACCAAGGAAUUUGUCUCGAAAACUGCUUUUCUAUAGAGUGGAAACUAUACUGAGUUCUUGUUUGAUUUUUUUUCUUGUCUUAAACAAGAUUUCUUUAUCCUUAGAUUUUGAAGAAUAACACAACUACAUAGACAUCAGCACUAUUUUUUAGUGACUAUAAGAAUAAAGAGAGUUGUAAUUAAGGGCUUUGUUGUAUAAAUGUUUUGCUAUUGGAGUUAACUGCUCAGGAGAUUUUUUUGUAGCUAUUAAUAUUUUUGACCUAUCACUUUGAUGACGUUACAUGAAUCUGUCUGUCUCACUAUGACUUUGUUAUGAGACAGUGUUUGCACUGAUUGUGCAAAUGUCCAUGUAUUAUCUAUUUAAGCAAUAUCAUAGUGCCAUCACUGAAGGAAGUUGCAUGAGGUGAACGUAGACAUAGCUCUUUCCCCUUCCCCCCAUUUUUUAAAUGUAACAAAUACUUUUUAUGUUCCCCUUCCCCUCCCCCUUUCCCCUUUCCCCCUUUUUGGAAACAUAUUGGGAAAUAGAUAAUAUAAUAUAAGAUGAGCAGUUGAGGGAACUGAGAGCGAUCUACAUAGAGCCUGGCUUCUUUGUGCUUCAUCAUAAGGCUUGCUGCUGGCCAGCCUAAUUAAGCACUCUCAGUAAGAGCCUGACGGGAAAUUCAUCUAUCAGACACAAAGGAAUUCAGGAAACGGGACCACAGAGGUUACACUGGGAUCCUAGCCAUGAGGUUGGAUGCCUCACCUUGCUGAAAAGACACACUGGACCUAAAUGGCGCAACAUGACUUUGUUCCUGCUUGGCUAAAUUUCUCAACACCACAGUCUGCUAAGUCAUCUGCAACCACCUUUGAAAAACAAGGAGAACAACUAUCUAGAGAUGGCAGAUUUGGAGUAAGUCGACGUCGACAUAAUUCCACUGAUGGCUUUUUUAACAAUGGACCUCUACGAACUACAGGAGAUUCCUGGCACCAACCUUCCUUGUUCCGCCAUGAAUCUGUGGACUCUGGAGUCUGUAAGGGAGCAUAUGCUGGAAUUGCAGGGAACCUAUCUGGUUGGCAUGGCUCUUCCCGAGGUCAUGAUAGCAUGAACCAACGUAGUGGGGGUGGCAUAGGGAACCAUCGCCACUGGAAUGGCAGCUUUCACUCCCGGAAAGGUUGUGCCUUUCAGGAAAAGGCACCAGCAGACAUUAAGGAGGAAAAGAAAGAAGACAAGAUGGAGAAAUUGCAGUUUGAAGAGGAAGACUUUCCUUCUUUGAAUCCAGAAGCUGGCAAACAGAAUCAGCCAUGCAGACCUAUUGGGACCCCUUCUGGAGUGUGGGAAAACCCACCUAGUGCCAAGCAACCCUCCAAGAUGCUAGUCAUCAAAAAAGUUUCCAAAGAAGAUCCUGCUGCUGCCUUCUCUGCUGCAUUCACCUCAUCAGGAUCUCACCAUGCAAAUGGGAACAAGUCAUCAACCAUGGUUCCAAGUGUCUAUAAGAACCUGGUUCCUAAGCCUGCACCACCUCCUUCCAAGCCCAGUGCAUGGAAAGCUAAUAGAAUGGAACACAAAUCAGGAUCCUUUUCUUCAAAUCGGGAUUCUGCUUUUACAAGUCCAGUCUCUGUUACCAAACCAGUAGUACUGGCUGGUGGAACAAUUUUAAGUUCUCCCAAAGAGAGUCCCUCCAGCACCACUCCUCCAAUUGAGAUCAGCUCCUCUCGUCUGACCAAGUUGACUCGCCGUACUACCGACAGGAAAAGCGAGUUUCUAAAGACUCUGAAGGAUGACCAGAAUGGAGACUUCUCAGAGAACAGAGACUGUGACAAGCUGGAAGAUUUGGAGGGCAACAGCACACCUGAACCAAAGGAAAAUGGAGAGGAAGGCUGUCUUCAAAAUGGUCUUGCUCUGCCCAUAGAAGAGGAAGGGGAGGUCCUCUCACACUCACUGGAAGCAGAGCACAGGUUACUGAAAGCAAUGGGAUGGCAAGAAUAUCCUGAAAAUGAUGAGAAUUGCCUUCCCCUCACAGAGGAUGAACUCAAAGAGUUCCACAUGAAGACAGAGCAGCUGAAAAGGAAUGGCUUUGGGAAGAAUGGCUUCUUGCAAAGCCGCAGUUCCAGCCUCUUCUCCCCAUGGAGAAGCACUUGUAAAGCGGAAUUUGAGGAUUCAGACACAGAAACCAGUAGCAGUGAAACAUCAGAUGACGAUGCCUGGAAGUAGGCUUAUAAAUGCUCAGUUAAAUAUGACCUAGAAAACUCAAGUUGUGUAUUUAGGGAAUAUACAAAAGAAAAAAAAUCAUUCUUUUUCCUUUUCUUAAGUGGUUGUUGGUACUUCAUGCACAAGGGAAAUAAUCAUAUCCCAAAGAGUGAUCAGCUUGUUUAGCUUUUUUUCUUCUUUUCCCCUGUUACCUGCUUAAUAGAAGAUUGUGUGGUGGGAAAGAUUUUUUUAAAUACACACACAUACAGUAUCUAUGGGGCAAUGCACAGGUAGGAGCUGGUUAUGCAGAACAAGAGACACUGAUCUUCAGCAACAGCUUCUACUACCAGCCCUUGGGGCACUUACCCCUGUGCUCAAACAAUCAUUGUCAAUGACAAAGUGACUGUUGAAGUUAUAAUUGUAUUAAAUUAAUGCUAAUAAUUUGGAUAUUUUAUUUUAUUUUUGGCUGCUCGGGUAACAUUAGCCCUUAACCAAGCAUAUGUUUUUUUCUUUUUUUUUCCUCUUUUUCUUUUUGGGUACAACUGUAAAAUAUUUGGAUAUAGGAGAUGUGUUAUUCUUGCAGCCUUGAUAUUCAGGGUGUAUUGUAAAAUAUAAAUUUUUGUGAGAUUUCAAAGAUUAAGAUUAUUUUGAUAACAUUAUUUACAGAUUUAAAAGAUGUGGUUAUCACAAGUCUGUUGGGGGGGAACUACUGCAUAAAAUAACUAACUUGGAAUAAAUAUUUUGCAUCAGUUUGGA